AUGUUGAUCUACCAAGAUAUCAUCACUGACGACGAAUUGGUUUCUGACGCUUUCGACGUCAAGGAGAUCAACGACAUCGCGUACGAGGUCGACUGCUCCCUGAUCAUUGUCAAAGAGGGUGAUAUUGACAUUGGUGGCAACCCCUCCGCUGAAGAGGCCGAGGAAGCUCUCGAAUCCGGUGCCUCUCAAGUCAACAACGUUGUGCACUCCUUCCGACUCCAAUCAACCGCCUUCGACAAGAAGUCCUACCUUACCUACCUCAAAGGUUACAUGAAGACUGUCAAGGCCAAACUCCAAGAAACCAAUCCUGAACGAGUCCCCGUCUUCGAGAAAGGUGCUCAAGAGCUCGCCAAGAAGAUCGUUGCUAACUUCAAAGACUACGAAUUCUAUGUCGGUGAAAGCAUGAACCCAGACGGUAUGGUUGCCUUGCUCAACUACCGAGAGGAUGGUACCACCCCUUACUUCACCUUCUGGAAGGAUGGUCUUCGAGCAAUCAAGAUCUAA